AAUGAUUGUUUACUCUCGACCUUCCUUCAGAAUUUCGUAAAAUUUUCUCUCGUUUAACUCAAUUAUUUGGCGGAAUUUAGACGCCGGAAAUGGGAAAGAGUAAAAGAGAGUACAGAGAGGACGAGCAGUACGGAGACAGCAGCCACACGAGUGACAGUUCUGGCAGCAGCAGCAACAGCAACAGCUCGGGCAGUGGCAGUGAGGAAAGCAACAGCAGCGAGCGGGAGAGGAAACGGAAACGUGUGAAAAAGAGCUCAAAGCAGAGAAAAGCCCGGCAGGAGAGUCCCGGAGAGUACGAGCCCCGGCACGAGGACCACAAGCACAGGAGUCGGAAGCACAAGCACCACCACCGCAAACACAAGCACAAACACAGGCAUCACCGCCACCACCGCGGAGGGGAGGAGGAGCACUACCAUGCUAGGAGAGGGUCGUCCAGAGACAGGAGCGAGGUCAGAAGGAGCAGAGAGGAUGAUAGGAGGGGCAGGGAGAGGGUGGAGGAGGAGAAAGCCGAGAAGGAGAGAAAAGUAAAAAGAGAAGAGAGGAAAAAUAGAGAACGAUAUGAAAACAGGCAGCCAGACCAAGAGGAAGGGAGCAGUAGCAGAGAACGCGACGGCAGGAGACUUGCUGAAGACCAAGGUGGGAGAAGGGAUCGCCGAGAAGGACCAAGGGAGAUCCAGGCAGAGAAUGGGAGAUCUAGAGGCAACGUUGAGGAGGCGAGAGCAGGGGUGAAGAUGAACGCGGAAGACAAUGUCCAGGAGGAGGAGGAGGUGCAGAAGCCAAACAUGGGACUCUCAGGAAAACUGACCGAAGACACAAAUACCUACAAUGGGGUCGUGAUCAAGUAUUCGCAACCUCCUGAGGCGAGAAAACCCAAGAGAAGAUGGAGAUGGUAUAUAUUCAAAGGUGAAGAAGACCUGCCGUUCUUGCCGCUCCACCGACAGAGUGCCUACCUCAUCGGCAGAGACCGCAAAGUUGCAGACAUCCCAACAGACCACCCGUCCUGCUCCAAACAACAUGCCGUCCUCCAGUACCGACUUGUGACCUACAACCGAGAAGAUGGGACGAAAGGUCGCACAGUAAAGCCAUACAUCCUAGACCUUGAAUCUGCCAACGGUACGUAUGUCAACAACCGCCGCAUCGAGCCGCGUCGGUAUGUGGAAUUGCUCGAGAAGGACGUCGUGAAGUUCGGCUACAGCUCAAGGGAAUACAUCCUCCUGCAUGAGGGCUCAAAGGGCGAAGACCAGAAUGCGCCUGAUACGGGUAUUGACCUUAGCCCAGUGUCCCUUCUGAGGAGUUAGUAGAAGGGGAGGGGGAGUGUCUACAGAAGUUAAGAAACAGAAACAAAAACAAUAAAAGAACAAAAUACAAAAAAUAUAUAUAUAUACAAGAAUCUAUUUUUACCUUUUGAAAACAUCCCCUCUCAUCCCUCACAUGUAAUUUUUUUUUUUUUUUUUUUUCCGCCUUUUUUCCAUCUUUUUCUUUUCUCUUCAUAC